AUAUUGUUUGUCUUGUCUAUGGUCCAUGGGAUUUCAUAUAACUUAUUGCCUAUUCUUAUUUUUUGUUAGUAUACUUUUUAAAAUCUCUGAGACUGAAUUAAGAUCAAGAGACUGAUAGUAUUUCAUGUACUGUAAAUAAAAAUUGAUUGGAAUAUUCCACAAUGUCCGUUGCUUUUGCACCACGAGGAAAUAGACCCCCUUUAAGUCCGGCUCAAGUACAAAAGAUGUUGGAUGAAAAUGCUCAUCUCAUACAAACAAUUCAAGAGUAUCAAGCGAAAGGUCAAGUUAUAGAGUGUCAUCAGUACCAGCAAGUCUUGCACAGGAAUUUAGUUUAUUUAGCUUCAAUUGCAGACCCGAAUCAAAAUAUGCAAAAUUUGUUACCGCCACCUCAUCAACUUGCUGCUGGUAAUCCACCUCAAGGAUCACUGAACCCGCCGUCAAGUGGAGCAGAUGGUGUUAGUCAGCAGCCUUACCGUCCACCUUCUGGAGUUUCUACCACCCCUACACGACCAACACAAUCAUAUGGUCAAAGACCUUAUCCCCAAAAUCAGUACCAAGGUCAAUAUCAGGGUGCACCUGGUGUUUAUCCCCCACAAGGUGGUUAUGGGCCACCAGGCCAAGGGUACGGCCCUCCUAACCCAUCUCAGCAACCACAAGGUUAUCCUCCAAACUCUACUUAUGGCCCUCCCAUCACUACAACACCUAGCAAUUAUCCUCCUUCUACUCAUCCUGGAUCAGGAUACCCUCCUUCAACAGUGCAGCAACCAUAUGCCCCUCCACCUGGUAGUCCUGUAGCUGCAGGAUCACCCUAUCCAGUUCGUGUUGCUACUCAACCAGGAUACACUGGUAACUCAACAUAUCCCCCACCACAAUCUGGCCCUAACUAUCCUAAUGUAGGUGUUAGUACUUACAAUUCAACAGUAUCACAACCACAACCAUAUCAAUCUCAACCAUUUCCUAAUACUACACCUACAUCUGCUUAUAGUUCAACUCCCACAUCCCAACCAAAUCGAUCACCUCAACCUCCACCUAGUGGAUAUACAUCACAAAAUCCAACAAGUUCAGGUUACGGUUCUCCAUCUGCACAAUCACCCACAUACAAUUCAAGUUCUCAUGGCAAUAAUGCUCCACCAGCUACAGUGGCUUCUGGGACUUCAACUCCAGCAGGUUCUACUGGACAACAAUAUCCUCCACCUGGUCAACCUUCACCAUAUCCUCCAGCAUCACAACCUCCUUAUUCAAAUCCUUCAUCACAACCUGGUAGUCCAGCACCAUCUGUGUCUACGGCGCCUCCCCCUCAAACUUCUUAUCCUCAAACUCCUCAGAAUUACCCUCCAGCUGGUGGAGCAUAUCCACCACAUGCUUAUCAGCAAGGUUAUCCUCCUGCUCAAUAUCCUCCUUCACCUUAUCCUUACACGAGAGCUCCUGCACCUGGAGCUCCACCACCGGGUGGCCCUCAGCCAUACCCUGUUUAUGGUUUUCAACCGCCAAAUCAACAAUAGAAUAGAAAUAAUUUUUGAUGUAAUUGAUUAUCAUUAAAUAGAUUUACGUCUUUGUCAUAUGUAUUAAUUGAAUUAGUUCGAAGUCAAUGAAAUGAAUAUUUUACGUAAAUAACCAAUAAACAAUUAAAUAUUA